UUCUCUCCUUUACGCAUACAAGUAGCCCCUGCGACCGUUGCGGAAACCCCAAAUGAUACUAAACUGAGUUAUUUUUGUCGUUGGGGAUGAAGACGAAUGGCGGAAUCGAUUUCACGUUUGAACAGUUGGAAUAAAGGAGUUCAGCUGCUUUUGUAAAUAUAUUUUAAUAAAAUAAGUUCCCUAGGCGUUCGUUUUGUUUUGUCUACGUGAAUCAGUCCGCUUGCUAGCUAAUCAGCUAGCUAAAUAGCUUGCUAGCCAAUGUUAACUUGGCGUACGUCGUUUUUUUUUUGUUUUGGUAAGCUAGGAGGCCAUUUUGAGGCCUUGUGAAAUCAACGAGUACUUCACGUCUGUUCUUUCCUUUUCAGUGACAUCUUUUUGUAUUUUUCUCUUCGAGGAGCGUGUAAGUUGGAUAUCUGGACUUCGGUUGCAUUAUCAUUGGACUGGAUUGCCUGGUGACCGAUACAUGGUUAUUGGUCAUUGACCAUUUGGACUUUUCUGUCAUUCGUUCAAGGGACUUUAAACGAAACCUGACGCCAACUGAGCUCUCUACAAUUGCUUUCUUGGAACUGUUAACGUGACGGACAGUUGAGCAACGACAUUUCAUUGUAUAAAAAAUUGGGACAUUUUUACUUUGCGGUGCUUCAUCCUGAAAGCAUCGUAUGGACUUUGGUCACGAAUGCUUCUGGAAGAUAAUUUGUUGUCAUGGCAUUGAUUGUGACGAACUGAAAAAGAAUUUAUCCAAGAUACAAAUGACAAGGUGUCUUGGCCAUUGCGUUAGAUAGGUAGUUGAACAUAUCAGUGGUGAAUACACACGCUAAUAUUUUUCUUUGCAUUUGUUGAUUUUACACCAGUUUUGUUUAUUGUUGGCUGGGUAGAGAGCUAACUGCGGGUAGCAAGCUAGCAUUACCUUGCCACCCUCAUAUUUUGGCCAUGUUUGAGGCCGAGAUUAGCAGUUAGCGAAAUGGGGAACCCGUAAGGGUUGGUUGCUAGUGCAUUAGCUUGCAUAGCUAAUCGACAGGUUUUGUGUGCUUUUAGCAUUGAAUGCAGGUUGUUUAGCAAGUUAUUAGGACCAUUCAAACAAACUCCAUCUUCGGGAAAUAAGUGACAUCUGUUUUUGUUUGGUAAAUCGAUAGCGAGGAACUCUUCCAACAUGUCGUGUGUUCAUUACAAAUUUUCAUCAAAGCUUAACUAUGACACGGUCACAUUUGAUGGCCUUCAUAUCACGUUGAGUGAUUUGAAAAGACAGAUCAUGGGUCGGGAAAAACUGAAGGCUGCUGACUGCGACUUACAGAUUACCAACGCGCAGACGAAAGAAGAGUACACGGAUGAUGGAGCAUUCAUAUCAAAAAAUUCUUCAGUCAUCAUUAGACGAAUCCCAAUUGGUGGUGUCAAAGCAACAAGCAAAACUUUUGUUAUUGAUCGAUCAGAACCUCCAAGUGGACCAUCAAAAGCAAUGAUUGAUGAUUCUCCUGGCAGCAUUUCAUUGGCCCAGCUCUCAAAGACCGCCAAUCUUGCUGAGGCGAAUGCAUCCGAGGAAGACAAAAUUAGAGCUAUGAUGUCACAGUCCAAUCAUGACUAUGAUCCUAUACAUUACAUGAAGAAGCUUGUGGGACCUCCGCCUCCAAACUACACCUGUUUUAGAUGUGGGAAAAAUGGACACUACAUACGGAACUGUCCGACAAACGGGCAGGACAAAAGCUUUGAGGCUCCACAAAGGAUCAAAAAGAGCACAGGAAUACCUCGAAGCUUUAUGAUGGAGGUGGAUGACCCGAGCAUGAAGGGAGCUAUGCUAACCAACACAGGACGCUAUGCUAUCCCCACCAUAGAUGCGGAGGCCUAUGCUAUUGGGAAGAAGGAGAAGCCUCCAUUCCUCCCUCAGGAGCAGUCCUCAUCCUCAGAGGAAGAGGACCCUGUUCCUGAUGAACUGCUGUGCCUCCUCUGCAAAGACCUCAUGACCGAUGCAGUCGUAAUCCCCUGCUGCGGAAACAGCUACUGUGACGAUUGUAUCCGUACUUCCUUGCUGGAGUCAGAAGAGCACACGUGUCCUACUUGUAACCAGUCUGACGUCUCCCCAGAUGCCUUAAUUGCCAACAAGUUCUUACGCCAAGCGGUGAACAACUUCAAAAAUGAGACUGGUUACACCAAGCGGAUCCGUAAGGCCAAUCAGGCAUCUGCCAUGGCACAGGCUCCCCAGCCCCGUCUUCAGCGCCCCGUCCAGGCUGUCCGGCCCCCCGCCUCCCGUCAGCAGGACCCCCUGAUGGCCAACAUGCCCCGGCCCGCAGCAGCUAUUACCCCUCCCCAAGCUCCACCAGCGGCCACUGCACCCGCACCCUCGGCUGUCACCCAGCAGGCUUCCGCCCCCCCUCCAUCCAGUACCAACCCCUUAGAGAGCAGUAGCGCGCCACCUAGAACAGGCAGCUACAGCCCAACAGUGUCCUCUCCACCGCGUGCCGUCAAGCUGGAGGACAACCAAGCACCAAAGGAGUCAGACCCUACGGCACCAGGCCCAUCUGUGACUGUCUCAACAGAUCAAUCAGGUCCACCGCCUCUCAUUCCGAAGGGAUUCCAGGUUCAAGUGCUUGGACCACCACACCAGCUUGGUCCACCACACCAGCUUGGUCAACCACACCAGCUUGGACCACCACACCAGCUUGGCCACUCUAUGCAGAGAUCAGGCCACCCACCCCACCCAGGACCACCGGGUAGAUCUAGUGGUCCGAGACCCAGUGGUCGACCAGGAUGGGAUCCCUCUUCUGGCAGAGGAAGGAUGCACGGUGACCGUCCCCCACGCUCUCAGGGACCACCUCUGCAGCCCCCACCUGUGCAGCAGCCACCACCGCAGCAUCAUCAGCAGCCACCACUGCAGCCUCCUCCUGUGGGUCCUCAUGUGUAUGGGGUUGCUCCUCCAGCCCUCUAUGCCCCACCACAGCAUCCCAUCCCUCAGCCACCAAAUGUGGUCCCUCCGCCAUACUCCUUGCCGUACAACGCCAGCCCGCAGCCUGCACCCAGUUUCAAUGUGCCCCCUCCUGGGUAUCCUCCAGCUUUGCCUAAUGUUGUCGCUCCCUGGGUGCCACCUGGCACCCAGCCUCCUGUAGCCAACCCUGUGCCACCAACACCAUUCCUGUCCAGGGAGGAGUUCUACAGGCAGCAGCGUAGGCUUAAAGAGGAUACGCAAUGUCGAUUCCCUACCAGGGAGAAGUCAAAAUUGGAAAAAUUCACCAACGACUUUGCCAAGGAGCUGCUGGAAUAUAGAAAGAUUCAAAAGGAGAGGAGACGGUCCUAUUCUAGGUCCAGGUCUCCUUAUAGAGGCUCAUCCUACAGCGGCUCUUCCUACAGCUAUUCAAAGUCCCGCUCUCGGUCCCGUUCCAGGUCUCGAUCGUACUCGAGAUCAAUCAGCCGCUCCCGCUCUCGUUCACGCUCUCGCUCUUAUUCCCGUUCGCCUUACCCCCGCCGUGCAAGGGCCCGUAGCCGUAGCUAUCGCUCCAGGUCUCGAUCACAUGGCUACCGCCGCUCCCGAUCCCGUUCCCCCUCUUUCAAAGGUCGAGACAGUGGGCCAGUGAGUAGUGCACCCUACCGCUCACGCUCCAGGUCACCUCCAUACAGGAGCCACAGCCCAAACAAGAAACAGGGUCCUCCCCCACUCCUUGACCUUGACCGUGAGCGCAAAUUCACAGGACGGUACAGAGACCCGGUCCCAUUUGACCUCAAAGCCUUCUACGGCCGAGAGGUAGAUAUGUCUGACCCCUAUGAGCGGGAAAGGUAUAAGCAGUGGGAGAGGGAAUAUCGUGAGUGGUAUGAAAAGUAUGGUAAGUCCUACCAUAAUGCCCCAGCUGACCAGCCCCGAGAGCCCCGAGAACCCAGAGAGCCCCGAGAACCCCGAGAACCCCGAGAGCCCCGAGGCCGGGCACCCUUAGUUACCAGGGAGCCAUACACCCCUGAGCGUUUGCCCUUGAUGCGUCAAAGAGACACUUCUCCCUAUACACGGGGGCGUAGAGAUGACUAUUCUCCCCCUCCCCAGAGCCAUGGAAGCGGUGGAAGUUCUAGAAGUCGCAACCCAGCGCUCACAUACCAGGAGAGGUGUGCUGAGAAAUAUGGAGUAGCUGGUGGUCCGAGCAUUCCUGGACCUGGACCCAGCAGAGGAAGCAGUAGCAAAGAUCCCCUAAAAGCACCCAAAGAAAGAGAGCCUUCCAACAGCAGUUCAGCUGCCGACCCCAAAGGCCUAAAACACAAGAAGCACAGGAAGAAGAGGAAGGGUGACGACUGUGAUCUGUUUGGCCACUCUGACUCCAUGGACGACAAUAGAAAAGAUGAUCGCAAAGGGGAUGGUCCCCUGAUGGCCUCCAGUCGCGAUGAUGCCACUCCAGUCAGAGACGAACCCAUGGACGGCGCUGCAGUUCCUUACAAAAGCACCUCAGACAAGGAGAGGAAAGAGAAGACAAAGGGAAAAGUUGAGAAGGUGAAGCGUAAGGCUGACAACAGUGCCUCAAAGAAAGAAACAAGCGGAAAGACUACCAAGUCCUCCAGAGACAGGGAGGUAGACACGGAGCGUGAUGCCAAGACCUCUUCGCUUGAGCCUCCUUUCAAACGAACCAAGGAAGACCUGUCUCAUAAGGCAGAGGCCAUUAAGCCAUCCACCCCUCUGAAAGAAGAGAAGGCAAUGUUGGCUCGCAAAGUGCCAAGACAAGCAAAGCACCAUCAAGAGACUAAACAGGUCAAAGAGGAACCAAAAGCCAAGAAGGAUCUGGUAAAAGACUCAGCUAAACCAGAGAAAGGUCUUACCAAAGAGGUUAAGUCAAAGAGGGAUGUUGAAAAAGCCAUCAAGACUGAGGAGAAGCCAUUUAUCAAGGCAGCGGAUAUCAAGCAAGAAAAGAGGAGGAGAAAAGAUGAUUCAAGUGCAGGGAAAGAGCUUGAUUUGCCCACGAUUAAGUCCCCAAGAGUAGAUGUUCCUGAGAUGGCCAAGGGGUCCCCAAAACCUAAAAUUAAAGCAGAGACUGAGAAGCCACCAGAGAAGCUAAAGCCUGCUAUCCCACCUCUGAUGGACAUUAAACCAGGGCCUCUGAGAAAGAUCAAGAUCAACCGUGAGAUUGGCAAAAGGAUCAGCACAGACACGGCGCCCUCGCCUGAACACAGAGAUGAAGCCCCAAAGAGCCGACCCGAUAAGACGAGGGGAAAGAUGCGCCGAAGAGUUCAGGCUACUGACGGCUCAGGUUCAAUCCUGGUGGACUACACAAGCACUAGCUCAACUGGAGGUAGUCCCAUCAAGAGGCUGGAGGAGAAGGCUGAUUUGAGAAAGACUGUAGUCAAGACCCUUGAAGAAUACACCAAUGAUAGCACCACGGCUGCAGAGGAUGAGAUUGUCUUGAUCCAAGUGCCACGCUCCAAGUGGGAGAAGGAAGACUACGAAUCAGAGGAAGAUGAGUCCAAGGGAACAGAAUUGAACCGCAAUGGCAGCCAUUCUGGAUCGGAUGCCCCACAGAAGGCACUCGCUAGUACCACUGUGAAGGUAAAUGAUCAGGCAUCUCCCCCUGCAGAGAAGGCUUCCACCUCUUCUAAGGAAGGCCAGAUGGAAGUCAAGCCUGGUAAAGACUCCACACCUUCAGACAAGGAGAGAGAGGAGAAAAAGGAAACUGAGAAAGAAAGGGAGAGGGAAAAAGACAAAGACAAAGAUAAAGACAGGGAAAAAGACAAAGAGCGGGAAAGAGACCGUGAACGGGAAAGGGACAGGGAGCGGGAAAGAGAGCGAGAGAAAGAUUGGGAACGAGGGCGUGAGCGAGAGAGGGAGAGAGAGCGCCCUGCCUCUGACCGUGAGCCUUCAGAGAAAAGAAAACCCGUCGGGUCCAACGGUGACCGAGAACGCACCCAGGAGCGAAGCAGUGACCAUGGCAGUGAAAAGGGCUCAUCCUCUUCUACCCAGUCUUCCUUCCGGGACCGACAGUCAGAGAGGCCUGAUCCAGCCUCCCGCAAGCUUACCAGCAGGGACCACAGCACUGCCUCCUCCGCUGAACGCAGGCCUGACCACCGGUCCAGUGGUAGGGACCACUCCGAUACCAAACCCAAAGACGGCAAGCCCAGAGAGCCCAUUAGGAGGAGGGAGUCCCCACCUCCCACUUCAAAAGGAAGGGAUCGGGAGGCUCACACUGAUGCGGCCAAGCGCCCCUCCACCAAUGAGGCUCACAGUUUUGAGCCGACGGAUAGACGGCAGCACCAGAGUGCGCCUGAUUCAAAGCGCGCCGCGCCUGAGGAACACAGAACAGAGCGUCCAGUGAGUAGAGAGGGGGUCGCAAGGCACGUGGACAGUCGGCCCAACCGGGAACGGGAGCACAGUGGACACCGGACCCCUGAAAACAAGAUGUCUUCACCCGAAGCCCGGGCUGAUGGUGGAAGAGGUGCCGCCACGUCACGUGUGGAGAGGGACCACCCCAAAGUCAAGCCCCUGUCGGCCCGCUCCGCACGUCUUCCGUCCGACCUAGGCCGUGAAACGGACGAGGCGGCUUUUGUGCCGGACUACAGUGAGAGUGAAAGCGAGGCCUCGGACACCGAGAGCAGGGCCGAGGCCAGGGGAAGAGACCGUGACGGCGACAGCAGUGCCUCACCCAGCCACAGUCAGAGCCAGAGCCCAGCCGGCAGCAACGCACGCAGCAGCAGUGCAAGCUCCACCGGCAGCCAGGACAACAAAAAGAAAAAGGACAAGAAGGAGAAAGAGAAGAAAGAGAAGAAGAAGCAUAAGAAACACAAGAAACACAAAAAGCAUAAGAAGCACGGCGACAACGAGUUGGACUUGGAGCAGAAGGGACAGAAACAUAAGCAUAAGAAAAAGAAGUCUAAAAAGAGCAAGGACAAAGACAAAGAUGAGAAAGAGAGAGCAGAUGACCAGAAGGAGGAUAAAGUAUCUGUAUGAGAAUAUUCAGGUUGAGCCUUGGACAUUAUCAACAUAAUUUUUUUCCCCCUUAAAUGUGGGUGUAAAUAUGCAGACUAUUUUUCCCUCUUGCAAGGACUACUGCUCUGCUCAACAUUUUUUUCAGGACUUGGGGGAUCACCAACUUAAUCUUUGACCAUGCUCAUCUUGAAUGCAGUUAUUAAGAAGAUUACUACUUGAAUGAUUAAGAAUGAUGCGUUCUCUUAGACACCUAGGGCUCCCUACAAAUGACUGUUUUUAUUUUGUUUUAUGUAUUUAUUUUGUUUUCCUCAAUUUUCAAUGAAUUUGGUUCCAAUCCCAAACACCAUCAAACGUUUAGAACAAUAUGUUGUAGAGGAAGCACUUUAGAGAUGUGAAAAAUGAAUGUUACUGCCUUGGUGCAGCAGAUAUCCUUGCCCUUUUGUACCUCAUAUCUUGCAUAGUCUAUUUGAAAUAGAAAUUGUAUCAUAAUUAUGCCAUUAUGAAUGCAUUCAUACUUGCGUAACUGGAUAGUGAUCUUUUCGCAUCGGGCACAUAAUGAUAAGGGUGUGGGCUGAUUUUUGCACUGUGAAUAUUUCCUCUACUCUGAAAACAAAAAAUUAUUUUAUUUUACAUAGCCUUCACAUUUAAUUUAAUUUAGCUGUUGAUGUUUUUGAGGGAUCUUUCUUUUUUUUCAGUUUUGAAGGUAAUAAAGUUUUUUUGCAGCAAAUUAAAA